CGUAACAAAUCAGUUUAUUAAGGUCGGCUUUGCAUUUUUUUUUUAAAUUAUGUCAGUUAGACACACGUCAAAUAAUUAAUUUAAAAAUUAUGAAUCAUAACGGAAGCGCUAAAAAGAGGAAUCAACCAGUCAAGGUCUACAUAAGACAAAGACCGUUUAGUGAACAUGAGUUGACAAUAAAUUCUACAAAUGUUAUCCAACAUAUGACAAAUAACGAAAUAAUUAUUAAAUCAGGUCUUGUCGAAAAAAGAUAUGGUUUUGAUCGAGUUUUUGGUGAGGAAACUUCGCAGAAGGAAAUUUAUAAUUCCGUAGUUGCACCUCUUAUCAAUUGCAUUAUUUCGGGUUAUAAUUGUACAGUUUUUGCUUAUGGUCAAACCGGGACUGGAAAAACGUACACAAUGAUCGGAAAUCAAGUAAUAAAUUCUGAAGAUUCAACAAUUGGUUUAAUACCCAGAGCCGCGAUUCAUUUAUUUGAAGAAUUAGAACAAAUCAGUUCGAAAAUUGAGUACACAGUUCGCAUUUCAUUUAUCGAGAUUUACAACGAAGAAGUCCACGACCUUUUGAAUAGUUCAACAAUACCAUUGAAAAUAUUUGAAGAUCCGGAAAAUAAAGGAUCAGUUUGUAUUAAAGGUGUAAAAGAGGCGACUGUUCUUAAUUUACAAGAAGUCUACGAUUGGCUGAAUACGGGUUUAGUGGAAAGACAAACAGCAUCGACAAAUAUGAAUCGCCACAGCUCUCGGUCCCAUUCAAUAUUUACAAUAUCGGUAUUAACUCGUCAAUUGACAGUGGAAGGUGAUGAAUUAAUUACAGUUGGUAAACUUUAUUUGGUCGAUUUAGCCGGCAGUGAGAAUGUUGGAAGGUCAGGUUCUACAGAACUACGAGCACGAGAAGCCGGCAACAUAAACAAAUCACUUCUAACUUUAGGAAAAGUCAUCAAAGCCUUGGCACAAAAGACUCAACAUGUGCCUUAUCGAGAUUCAAAAUUGACCAGAAUUCUCCAAGAUAGUUUGGGAGGUAAAACAAAGACUUGCAUGAUUGCGACGAUUUCAGCGGCUGCGAACGUGUGGGAAGAAACCAUAAGUACGUUGGAUUACGCUCAAGUGGCACGAAAUGUUUCGAAUUGUCCUCAAGUUAACGAAAAUAGAAAACAAGCCAAUAUUCUUAAGGAUUUAAAAGACGAGAUUAGCAGAUUACGGAAAGAAUUGGCAAUAGCUCGGGCCGGCGAAGGAUUCUACAUCAGCCGAGAAAAUCACGAAAGAUUAUGUGGAGACGUGGAGAGAUUACAAACAGAAGCCAAUGUUAAGAAACGAAAUCUCGAGGAAGUCACGAAGAAAAACACCGAAUUGGAAUUGUCGAUUAAAGAAAAAGAUGAGAAAUUACGAAAUUUGAGCCAAUGUUGCGACGAUUUGAAACGUGAGUUGCGAGAAAAGGACUUGCAAGAGAAACGGAAUAAAAGCGUGAUUGAUUAUUUCAAAACACGCGAAAAAGAAAUGAGAUCGGCUGCUGAACAGUUACGGAAAGUGUGCGAAGUUUCGACGAAACAUGAAACUUUGUUUUGUCAGAAAUACGAAAAUCAAUGCGCGAUCAGUUUGAAGAAUGCCGCGUCGGCAAAAAAUGCCUAUAAUUUGUUUGGUGAUUCAUUGAGGGCAUUGCAGAACGCGACGAAAGAUCAUAUUCACCGUCAAAAUGUUUCGUUGAGUGAGGUUCAAGCGAAUGUCGGAUGUUUGAAGGAAAAUGCUUGGAAAAUGUGUAAGCGAUUGACUGAGUAUUCCACAAAAUUUCAAGAUGAUUCACAAAACGAUAUUUAUAAAAUGGAUGAAAAUAAUUUUUUGCGCGAGCUUGAACAGCGUCUGGAUCCUAUGUUUACGUCUCAAUUUUUUGAAACGCAAAAGAAAGCGGUACAAGAUUUAGAAAAGUAUAAUGAAGUAAAAAUGCACGAGGUGGAAAUGAUGACAACGCGUUGUAUAAAUUCCAUGAAGCAAUCCUUGAACGAUUAUAUGCUUUGUGUUACUGAUGUUAUGAAAAAUCAGUCGUCUUUAAUUGAAAAUGUUAAAGGUGCAACAGUUAGCGAUGAAGUGGUAUUGAACAAAACAGUGGAUGAUUGUAAGAUCAAAGCGCUCGAGUUUAUGAAAAAUUUGGUUUCGGAUAUUAACAAAAAAUUUGUUUGUCAACUUUACGAGACAAAACAAUUAAAAACUCGAUACUCUCAAGAAGUAGAAGACAUCAAGACUAUGUUUACUACAGAAUCUGAUUUUAAAGUAAAUAAUAUUAUCGCAAAUCUAAAAUUGGCCGAAAAUAAUCAAAAUAAUUACGAAAAUGCAAUCAAAACUUUUGCUAAUGAAAUAUUGGAAAAAAUCAAAAAAGAAGUAGAUGACAACAUACAGUUUGUAGCUCAUAUGGGAGAUACACCCGUAAGACAGAAUUAUAAGUUUCCCAAAAAAAUCGAAGAGGCGCUAUCGAAAUCGAUUCUUUUCGAAAAAAUUGAUGGCAAUGUUAAUUAGUGUUUUGUUGUGAUUUUUAUUUAGUUUUAAUUAUUACAUACGUAGUUUUAAAAAGAUACUGUCUUUUAUUUUGAUUUGUUACGACAAAAUUGGUUAAUAACUUGGCUGACUCGUUGUGUAAUAUAAAGUUU